CGGCGGCAUGCCUGGUGAUCCCAACGACCCCAACAGCUUGACCAAUUCUUUCAGUCAAAGUACACAAGCCACGUUUCAGAUGAUUGAAAGUAUUGUGGGCGCAUUCGGUGGAUUCGCUCAGAUGCUUGAGAGCACCUAUAUGGCAACUCAUAGCUCAUUCUUUGCAAUGGUGUCUGUCGCAGAGCAGCUCGGUAACCUGCGUACUACCUUGGGUUCGGCCCUCGGAAUCUACACUAUGAUUCGGUGGUUUAAAACGUUGAUUGCUAAGAUUACCGGCCGCCCUCCCCCGGCGGAUGCCACUUCUCUGACUCCCGCCGCCUUUGCGGCAUUUAUACACGGUCGGAGUUCGCCGGCUACCCUUCCGGAUGGCUCUCCCGCACCCCCUAAGCCAUCGAAGAAGCCAUUCAUUAUGUUCCUCGUUGCUGUAUUCGGACUUCCUUACCUAAUGAGUAAACUCAUCAAAUCACUUGCCCGCUCCCAAGAGGAGCGCCAGAAGCUCAUGGUUGGGCCAAACGGCGAACCCGUACAACAGGCACCAAUGGAUCCUUCGAAACUCGACUUCUGUCGGGUCCUGUACGACUACACCCCUGAGACUCAGGAGGCCAACGGCAUUGACUUGGCCGUGAAGAAGGGCGAUAUCGUCGCUGUUCUUAGCAAGUCAGAUCCCACGGGCAACGCAUCGGAAUGGUGGCGAUGCCGUGCUCGGGACGGCCGUGUCGGGUACCUUCCCGGGCCAUAUUUAGAGACUAUCCAGCGGAAGCCACAACAACAGGCGAUCACAUCGGGCGGCGAAGCAAGCAGUCGUACCAACAGCAUGCAAGCUCGCGUCUCGGAUGAAAUCCCGGCAAACGAAAAGAAGCCUGAACUUAAAGGAAAGAUGGGUGACAUCUCCCCAGAAAGCUUCCAGAAAAGUGCAUUUUACUCGUAAUGCCUGAGCGGAUUUGAUAUGCCAUGUCUUUCUUUUUUUUUUUUUUUUCUUUACUUCUAUCAUUAGUCCACGAGCAGGAGGUCAUGUCGGGUUGACUCCCUUGCAACAUGGAUCUUACUACUAAUGGGCGGGACCUCAUGACUACUUCACUACUGGAUAUUCAAGCGUUUGGGUGCUUAGAGGUAUACGGAUUCGUUUGCAUGUUUCAUGUUUUCCAUUUUCUUUCUCGCGUUUUUUCCCUCAUGUUCCACGGUUUCAGCGGCCAGAUGACUAUUUAUAUUAUUUAUCACUUCAUACCGUGUACAGAUUACCAUUAUUUUUUUUGUUAUCAGGGACAAAUUUUUACCGGUUGAUCGAAGCCACACACAACUUCACACAAAAGUAAGAACAAUGCCUAUGUAA